AAUUUGAGGCCAGGUGAACAGCAUUGCAGCCAAUCAGACUCACAACCAGCAGCAGAGUGUCAAAUCUCAACGGUUCACUUGUUUGACAAGUAAAACACAUGGAUUGACAACACUACUGCAUAUUGUUUUUGGACAAUUAUACAAACCCUGGGAGAAAGCUGUCCAUCAUGUUAGGAAAUCCUGCUCUCUACUCAAGACUCUUAUUGGUCUUUGUACUGGUCUAUGCAGCUGUCAUGUCAUUUAUCACGUGUUCAGAUGCUGCAAGAGCCAGCCCCACAACAACCCAAGUGGACAAUGGGGUCAAUCGUCUCAAUUACUUGAGACGAUUGUAUAAUCCACACAGGCAACAACAUUCUCUCUUUACUGGUCUGCCAUUAACUAAAACUGGACUCCGAACCUGGACUAAUGGUGAAACUGACACGAGCGGGAAAUAUAGAGAAGCUUCGUCAAUUAUCUACCAUGAAUCAAAGCCUUUAGGAUUUACAGAAGGCUUUAGUUACAAUCACAACAGCCCAGAUAACAGAGAGCCACGAGCAAGAACAACCAGGGUGCGGAGUGGGGUGAGGCCGGCUAACAGCUACCACCCACUCUCUGCUAAUUCUUAUAAUUCAAACUCGGCGCUCAUUAGAAAAUCAUCUCACAAAAAAGCUACCAGUCCCUUUCAUCAGAGCUCCAGUCCUUCACAAGUUUGGGAUGCUCAGAAAUCCCACAUCAAAGAAAAAGUUCCCAGAUAUGACUCUCCUUCUCUGCCAACUUCAAGAGGCCACGGCUACAAAGAGACUAAUGAGCUUGCUGCGGCUGGGGUGCGGCGUACAUCUAGCGGGAUUCAAUCAAGCAACGUUUUCGGCUUCGCCCCUCAUGCACCAGUCAGCAACAGCUUAGAUGCAUCCGUUAUUAAAAGCAUGCCCAGUCCAGAGAAACUGACAUCAUCCGUCACAGAUUUCUCCCGGGGGUUGCACUCGGUGAGAAGCAGUGCGACGCCAAGACACAAAAGGGUCCAGUCAUAUCUGUUUGUGGAUUCCCAGACCUCUCUUAGUGGACAUGAGACCGUUCAUACAGCCACUAGCAAUGGACCCGGCGCUUUUUCCACAUCGCCACAUAAGCAGCGGGCCUCCGAUGCACAAGUUCACAGCAGGUUCUCUUCAAAUGUUGAACAAUUACAAAGAAAAGAGCCAACCAAGGAAGUACAACAGCUCUCUGAUAAUGCCAACCCACUGUAUCGUAAUGCUAAUGCGGCCCAGUAUGGUGCUCUGACCGAUGGUUUGACUAAAUAUCAACACACCAAUCGCAUCUCUGUACAUCUUGCUCCAGGGAAAGACGCCACCGUGGAAAGUUUUGUCCCUAUACCUCAUGCAGAUUUCAAAGGUAGCUAUGCCGCUGGCAGAACUGUGAAAGCGCCGUCUAUCAUCUCCUCCAGUGGCUCUACUGAACGCACCAACUCUCGACGAUACAGCUUCGACAAAGGAAAGGACUAUGAAAUCAAAAAUGUGUACCCAUCUUUAUCACCAAGAUACAGCUUUGGCCAGAGCAAAGCAUCUACAUCAGCAACGUUUGAGAGGAAACCCACAGACUACCCUUCUCCUCGCACUUUACGUAAGACUUCUCCAAGGGCGUUCACCUCAGGACCACCUGAAAGUGAUGCUGCUAUAGACGGCAACCCAAAUUGCAGACAGUUCGAGAGCUAUAAAAAAAGAUAUGGUCUCAAAGGAUUUGCUACUAGACCACUCGAGGGAGCCAAAACUUUAGUUGGUGAGCCAGACAAGUCUUCCAGAGUCCAGCAGGGGUUUAAAGGCUUCAAACCUAGAAGCUCACAGAUCUGGCAACCCAAAAGCAGCCAUGUAUUUACAAUGAGCCAAAAUGAGCUAAGCAGCGACCUUAAACCCCUUUUGAAGACGGCAGGGAGCAAUGAAUCGGCCCCCAGAUUUACAUCCGACGCAGACAAAAAGAAACCCAAAAGGUAUAUAUUCUUAGGAUUUCAGCCUGUUCAAAACCGAAUCGCAAACGCACAUAAACCAAAUGCAGCAUUAACAAGUCACAUAAUCUCCUCAUCUUAUCUCAGAUCAGCGGGGAAACUCGAGAUUGAAUCCAGCCCAAAAUCUGAGCCAAGAACCCCCAACACAAUCGAACCCAUUGCAAAAAAGAUGUCCACCAGUUCCACCAGCAGCACCCUGAGUGGCAACCGUGUAAAAGGGAAUGACUCUACUCUCACCAAUGACACUGGACAAGUUUCCACGGUCAGGCUGCGUAAGCCACCCACUAUCACGCACGAUAAUAUUCUUGGACGUGUCUUGUUCAGUGGUGUCACGGCUACAACCCAGACACCAAUUAAACCGGCUGAUAAGGACUAUUUUCCAAACACUACAGUUACAACCAAGCCAGAAGAAGUGGCGAGUGAUUGGACCUCAAACUCUGAGGUGUUUAGUAGAGACUCUAUCUUGUUUGUUGGACAAUAAAAGUCAUAUAAUCAA